UUAAAUUGAGCCGGGGGAUGAAGCUGGUGUGAGAUUUCACCCUUCGUUUGUCUCUUCGUGCGCUCCAGUGCGCGGAGGGAGCAGAGGUCAGCUCGCCAGCGGGACGCCCUCUGUGAUCAAGACCCACGAGGGGGGGAAAAACAACUUUGAAAUAUUUAGAUGAUCAGGAGAGAUCCGUGCAGAUUUUCGGGUGGCACAGGUCAGGAUGGGUUUUUUUCUUGGAUGAGAGCUGACGGGGGGCUCUCGGUAGCAGUGAAGUCGCCGCGCACCCAGCGGGAGCUGCUGGCUCUCUCUCUCCCUCCCUCUCUCAGGCGGGCGGGACGCGCGGCGUGUCCCGGGCUCUCCCCGUGAAUAACAAAGCAGGUGAUCCGACGAACGAGCCGAUCUCGUCCACGCAGCCAACAUGAUCACGGAGUUUUUCCCCUUGAAGAAGCUGCGGCGGAAUGGCAAAUACGUUCUGUUUGCGGCGAUUCUCCUGGUCGGAGCUUUGGCUGUUUACCAUGAGAUGGUUGCUGCGGGAGCGUGGAGCGGUGAUGUUGGUGUGAAUCCCGACAGCAGCAACUGGAGGAGCGCCAGCCUAAACCAGAGGAGGAGAGCAGACGAUCAGCCAGAAUGGGUGGAGGACCCAGCCGCUUGGAAGUCCAGCUUCACCCUGCAAGCGUGGAAACCAGAGUUUAAGGGACAGGCCAACCUGCACGUGUUUGAGGACUGGUGCGGCACUUCUACCGGAGACCUGCGCAACAACCAGCACUACCCGUUGUAUCCACACUCCAGGACUACAGUCCAGAAACUUGCCGUUUCUCCUCAGUGGACCAACUAUGGGCUCAGGAUAUUUGGUUAUUUGCAUCCAUUUGCUGAUGGAGACUUCGUGUUUGCAGUGAGCUCUGAUGACAACUCUGAGUUCUGGCUCAGCACAGACAACUCCCCGCUCAACGUUCAGUUGCUGGCCUGGGUUGGAAAGACCGGCGCGGAGUGGACAGCCCCGGGGGAGUUUGAGAAAUACGCCAGUCAGACCUCCAGACCGGUUAGGCUUUCUGCUCAAAAGAGAUACUUUUUUGAAGUUAUUCACAAGCAAAAUGACGAGGGGACUGACCAUGUGGAGGUGGCUUGGCAGCUGUUGGACCACAGCUUCAAAUUCGUGCUUAUUGAAUCCAAGCACCUCUCCCUUUAUGUUGAUGAGUCGGACCUGAUGAUGAGCCACGUUGCCCACAUCCCACAGACGGCUGCGAGCCACGAACGCCCCCCCGAAAAGCGGCGCAGCGCUGCAGCCGACAUGCUGAGGGAAGACCCGAGAGACACGCUCCACCAAGUCCAUCUGAUAAACGGCAAGUUCCUGCAAGGCCUUCUUCCUGACUGCAACUACAACCCCACCUACACUAUUAAAGACUUCCCCCUGCUGCGUUACCAAGGACUGCAGUUUGUCCAGCUGUCUUACAUCUACCCAAACGACUACACCCGGCUCACACACAUGGAGAGAGAAAACACCUGCUUCUACCAUGAGAGCCCCUACUACAAGAGGAUGUAUGGUUUCUCUAGAUACAUGAGAUUUGACCGUCCUGAUGCACACAAAAAAGGAAACGCAGGAAAAGAUUUUGGUUUGCAGAAUAUGAAGUCCGCCCAGGAGGAGGAGGACUACUACUUUGGAAAUUAUGCCAACAAGAGAGGGAAAGAACAAAUGGCUGACCAGAGGAAUUACGAGGUGUACUCAGACUAUGGAGAUGAUUAUGUACAGAACCACAGGCGUAAACUCUUCGCCUUUGAUGCAUGGGACCCUGGCCGUAAACUGGAGAAAUCCCCUGAUGAAAGAGGACACAUAAAGGAGUUUCAGGAUGGAAAAGACAAGGGUGGCAUUCCACAAACUCAAAAGGAGCAAGAAAAAGCGGCUAAGCAGGUGUUAAACCAAAAUCCGCACCAAAACAGGACGGAGGUAAAACAAGAAGGCUCAAUUAAAAAAGCUGACCAAAUAAAAAAGGUUAGACACGCAAAGAGACAGAAAUUAAAAGCCAAUAUCAAACCAGAGCAAACUAAUUCAUCACUGCUUGCUGGUAAAGAGGAAGUUAAUGCAAAGCAACCACCAGCUUUCCUGCCUCAGAAACACGGCUCCAACCAAGGUCCAGUCUGGAGAAAGCAGAAAACAAACAAUACUCAAAUCCAGGCAGUCAAAAAUUCUCAGUUCGAAAACCAGAACAGGACUGCUGCUCUGCCUCAGAAAGCCAGGGUGGCCAAAAAAAGGCAGAAGCCUCCAGAGAGAGAAAAUGUGCUCCAUCCGGCCAACAACAGUCGUCUUACUAUGCCAAGCAGAGGUGGCAACCAUUUGUUCGUAAAAUCAAAUGAAGUGGAAACGGAUCCUAGAAAAGCCCUCAGGGUAAAGGAGAUAGAGCUGAAUAAGCCUCUACAAACAGACCUGGAUAAUCACAUUGAUAGAAAUGAAAUGAAUGCCCGGGGAAAAAAGGAUCAAAAAUUGUCAUAUUUGAAGGGAGAAGACGACAGAGGUCACAACGGGAAUGAGAGCAGAGCAAAUGCAACCCAGGGAGAUUCAGAGUCCCUCUGGGGGCCACAAGGAAACCUGCCGAUGGACCCCGACGAGGAGGACCUGACUCCAGCGCCAGUAUUCGACACUCAGGUCAACUGGAACCAAACCUUCCAGGUGAACCAGCUAGACCUCCAGUCGCAGCGUUCCGACUGGAUCGACCUGCAGUGCAACGUCUCCGGGAACCUGCUUCUGAGCCCCAGCGACGCUCUGACUGUGGUUUACGCCUUCAUGGAUCGCCUCAAUGCCAAGCACAAUGGGCGAUUCACGUUGGUUCGCGUGGUCAACAUAGUGAGGCGCGUGGACGGGUACAGGGGCAGCCGCUACCUCCUGGAGCUGGAGCUGAAGGAUGCCAAUGGCCAGCUGCUGCGUCUGACGCACUACAUCUACGCUCUGAUCCGCAACAGUGCGCAGCGCAGCCGGGACUUCGCCUUCCAGCGCUCGCAACCUCAGCUGCUUCUGUGCAACCCAGUGGGGUUCCGCUGGAAUCCCGACGCCACCGUUCAUUUCAUAGUGCCUGUUAAAAAUCAAGCUCGGUGGGUGCAGCAGCUGAUUACAGAUAUGGAGAAAGUGUUCAGAGAAAGCGGAGAUUCUAACUUCAACCUGAUCAUCACAGACUACGGCAGCACCGAUAUGGACGUAGAGCAGGCUCUGCAGAAAUCCUCACUCCCAAGGUACAAGUAUGUCAAGCUGACUGGGAACUUUGAACGCUCAGCUGGUCUGCAAGCAGGAAUCGAUCUAAUAGAUGAUGACCACAGCAUUGUGUUUCUUUGUGAUCUCCACAUCCACUUCCCUUCCUCCAUUACUGAUGUAAUCAGGAAGCACUGUGUGGAGGGACACAUGGCUUUUGCACCUAUAGUGCUCAGACUGAACUGUGGCAGCACACCAUCAGAGGCCAGAGGUUACUGGGAAGUGAACGGCUUCGGUUUGCUGGGAAUCUAUAAAUCUGACCUGGAUGCCAUCGGAGGAAUGAACACCAGGGAGUUCAGAGAACGAUGGGGAGGAGAAGACUGGGAGCUCCUUGACAGGAUCCUCCAAGGUGGGCUGGAAGUGGAGCGCAUCUAUUUGAGGAACUUUUUCCACCACUAUCACUCCAAACGAGGCAUGUGGAACCGGAAGAUGUCAAGUGGCCAAAUGUGACCUCGCCAAGUUGCCACCCCACCUCGACUUUGCCACGCGUACAGCGGUGGACGCCGAAGCACUUUAUGGCUGGACCACGCUGUGUUAAACCUGCUGACCAGCAGAGAAAAGGGACCUCAGACCAGUGGCUGACUUCAUUCACUCAGGCUGUAUGAUGAAUGUGGUGACGGAUGAGCUUAGUGUUACCGAGAUUGCUGCUGCUCCGACUUUAUUCACUGGAUUUGCUGCUGACUACUACGACUGAAGCAGGUGAUGAAUGGUACUGAUUUAAGCUCCUGCUGUUCGCCUGCUGUUCACCUGCUGGAGCGCCCAGGCUGCAAGAAAGAAAGUGACUUGGUCCAAAGAUGAAACCGAACCUAAAUCCGCACUCCUGGAAUGUAUGCAAGAACACACAAGUGUCCUUUUUUUUGGGGGGGGUUGAUCAGCCUUGCACAUGCGUCCGAACUGAGAAAAAUGGUGGGAAUUCAUAUUUGCUUUGUGUAGAUCUGAAAUACAACCGUUGUUUUGAAAAUGAGUU